AGCAGCUCCGCGCAGCUCGCACCGACUCCUCUGCUUCUCUCUGCGGGCGCCAGGCUGCACUAAGCCGGAGGGAUGGAGUCAGCGGGCGCGUACGGAGCCGGUAAGGCCGGCAGCGUCGCCUUCGAUCCGGUCGCAUUCUUCACGCAUCCCCGGACAGUGCUCAGACUGAUGUCGUGGGUCUUCUCCAUGGUGGUGUUCAGCUGCAUCGUGAACGAGGGCUACAUCAACAUCGGCAGCGAGCGUUUGCUCUGCGUCUUUAACAACAACGCUGACGCCUGUAACUUUGGUGUUACCAUAGGCGUGCUCUGUUUCCUCGGCAGCGUCUUUUUCCUGAUCCUGGACGUUUACUUCCCCUCCAUCAGCAGCGUCAAGGACAGAAGACGGGCUGUCCUGCUGGACCUCGUCUUCUCUGGUCUUGCCAGCUUCCUGUGGUUUGUUGGCUUCUGUUUUCUGGCCAAUCAGUGGCAGGCUACCUCUCCAGACGAGCUGCCAUUGGCCCAAGGCUCCGACGCCGCCAGAGCCACCAUCGCUUUCUGCUUCUUCUCCAUCCUGACCUGGGCUGUAUUGACCCUGAGCGCACUGCGGCGCUUCUUAACCGGAAGCAACAGAAACUUGUUCACAUGGCAACACCUGGAGCCUCCCGCUGGCAGCGCUCGAGCCACACCGUACCCUAUCGCUAACGGAGCUACCAUAGUAACCACUAACCCCUAUCAGGCUCCGCCCUUCACUGAGACCCUGGACCCCCAGAAGCUCACACAGCAGAGACCUGUGGCCCCUGCCUUCUAGAGACAGACAAACAGAGGUGUGUGUUGAGUGAUACUGCGUACGACCAUACACCCAUGCGUACAACGCGGGCACGGACUACUUCCUGCCUUGCUGAUAAAUGGUUUUCCACCCUCAUGGGAUUGGCGAGAUUUAGGGUCAUGUGACGAUGUAUGAGCUAUUUUCACCAUGGCAACUGCUGGCUCAGCUUAGAUAGUUGUAACUCUGUGUGUCGAGAAUACUGUCUUCUGUUAAUGCACACACACUCACACACAGAUAUAGAUGCACGGAAACACAGCUGUACUCACUCACCACUGGAUAUAAACACCUGGAAACACAAAUUUAUACACACCUGGAGGCAGAGGCGCACACACACACACACACACACACACACACACACACACACACACACACACACACACACACACACACACACACACACACACACACACACACACACCCUGACUGCAUGUUCAUAUGGCGAGGUGCAGAGUAACGUUAGAUGUAGAUCAGUGAUGAUGCUUCAUCUGCCUUAUGAAGGGAUACAAAGUAUUUAGUGAAGGAAGUAUUGAGGACAGUGAAGCUGUGUAGCUACUGUUUAUUACUCAGUCAGUCCGCCCAAUCAGAAGCUGCCCUGGAGAUAUGUGGCACUUGAUUGGCUUUUUCAAGAAAGGCAGGCAGCUUGACAAAUAGUUUGCUUGGAUAUGAGCGAGGGGCGGCAGAAAUCCUUAUAUUUUCUUGGCAAGAAAAUAAAGGCACGACAGCUUAAUGCAUUCUGAAUGCUAUACGGUUUCAGUGUUAAAUAUUCAUGUGAUUCAAUAAUUUAUUGUGAUAUGAUAAAGUGGUCAAAUUAAUUAUGUAAAAAUAAAAUCUAUCCACCACCGCUAUCAGAGCUGUGAGUCUGCCUUUGUUCCUGUUAUCUUUAAAUAAUGUCAUCUUUGCUUCUUGCAAUGUGAGCAACUCAUUUGAAUAUGUAUUGACACCCAGAUCCAAGUAUGUGUUUUAUAUAUUACUCAAAAUCUGCUGGAGGACCAUGACAGGAAAGGGUACGUAAGAUAUUUUUAGUAAUUAACGCUAAAGAACUUUUGGAUUAAGCGAUUUCUGAUGAAAGACAUUAACAGGGUAUAUGCAGAUAUGUCCUUUUUUGAUUGUAAAACAUCUUAUUUAAUAUAGCACUUUUUUUUUAUUUCAAGUAACAAAGUGCUUCACAAAAAUAGUAAAAUAAAAAAUAGACAGGUCAUAAAAUAUCAGAUUUAAAAGAAAAACAAUCAUUGUUGACCAUGUGACUCCAAAUCAAUACAGCGUUGUACAUGUAUACUGGACAAAUAAGACACACUUCUUACAAUGGGAUUCUAAUGCUUCUUUUUUUAUGUGAAUAUUGUUGUUAACUCUUUGGUUUGUUAAUAAAAAAUAUUGAUUCCUUUCAACAUCUUCCAUGUCAUUUGACCCACAUGUACCAAAUCAAAUUGGCAUUGUAUUUCUAGACAGGACCAUUUUACAACUCAAUUUAUGGAUUUUAGGCUAUUAUAUAGAAAUAUGUUAAUGAAAACUCAGCAGGACCAGGUCCAAUUUCGUUUCAGUGUCUUCCAUAACAUGUGGGCACAGAGGUUUUGAAAGUAAGAUAGACAUUGUUUCAUUUAAAUGGUCAUUUAUUGAUGGUCCCUAAGCAAAACUCUUUGGUUAUGAGCCAUAACGUCUUGGUUGUGUGAUUAGCAUCCUCUGACUGCCAACUUUUUUCAACCUGAGUAAGAAGAUGCUGCUUUCCUCAGAAUGAAUCCAUGUGGAAUAUCCAACCUGAGACUUCACCAUGGUUUAAUUAACACUAAACAGUUUGAUCAACUUUCAAUACUUUCUAAGUCCCCGCAGGACACUUAGAUCUUGUGUUUUCAAACCUUAGAUAGAAAGGGUGAAAAGUGUAUAAGGAUUGUUAUGGAGUCAAAUAAAAGUCAGACAGGAAGUGGUUUUAUUCCAACACUGUCCAGUCAUGUUACUGCAGGUGAACUUACCAUCAUUCACUGCUUUCAGCCUACAGGAACAUUAUACUAUAUUAUGAACAUUCGCAUCACCCAGAGUCAGGAUUAUCAUCAUCAUCAUCAUCACCAUCAUCAUCUUUAAAAUCAGCAUCCCAUUACACUGAUAUCAUAAUCAAUCAUCUUCAUUGCCACCAUCAUCAGCAGAUAAAUUGACAUUCAGACAUGUAGAAAUUCACCUUUGUAGUUCUCACAUCAUUGCCGCUUUGUUAAUAAAAUAUAAUCUUAGCCUUGUUUCUACAAAGUUUUACACACCGUUAUAUCACCUGAAUAAGCCCUUCUGUUUCUUACUGAAUUUCACCCUUAGACCCGAGCAAUAAAAUCUCUUCAAAUGUCAUGGCGAGACGGGCCAGCUCCAGAUUCAGACAACAGGGGGGUAAUCUAACUCUGCAGACCUGUGAUCACAUGCGUCAUACUCACCUGCGUCUGAACUACCUCUACCCUGAGAAUACUAAGACGGAUAAAAGGAAAGUGAGGGGGGUGAGAAACUAAGCUGACUGAACAUUCAAAUGGGUGGGAUCAGGAAAAAGAGAGGUAGAAACUACUAAGCUGAGGUCACACUACUCUAACUAAGAGGCUCUAAGCGCAAAUUGAUUUUUCUGACUCGAUGGAUUCAGGAGGGGGAGGCUUCUUAAAUGUCACAAAAUGUCCAUGUUUGAUUAGACCGGAAAAAAUACUGUUAGUUAAGAGGUACGAAAAGGGUCAUAUUUAAAAAAAAAAAACAUCCACUCAAUAAGAUU